UGAGCGCACAGCGCCAUCAAGUGAGAAGGGUGAGCUCAUCAUCACCCUUCAUCUCGGCACCGCGCUGCUGCAGCUUCCUCCAGACUCCUGGUCUCUGCCACCGCUGCAUGCUGGGAGAAGGGGGAGGAAGGAGAGACAGUCACGGCAGCAGUGUGUGUGGAGAGUGAGGACUGGGAGACAUCAGCUCAGCCGCAGUGAGGAGCCUUACAGGAGCCAGGAGGUGAAAAACGGAGGAGCUGUGUCAGUGGGAAGCUGCCUCCUGUAUAUACAGAGAGCUGGCUGCAGCUAGGGGAGCUCCAGAGCGCGGCUCCUCCCGGGCCCUUCCAGUUAAGCAAGCCAGCCGAGGGAAGUUCUCUGCUCCUCCGUCAGGCUGAUGAUAGCCAAAGCAGCAGCAGCAGAACCAGGCAGCCAGAAUGUGAGCAGGACAACAUACAGUGCAGGCAGAGAGACACAGGAGUAUCAGGAUUCAUGAGCUACAGAAGAAGCUUCCUGGCCAGACCAUCUGUGAAUUGGACCAUGGAUUUUCCAGGACACUUUGAGCAGACCUUUCAGCAGUUAAAUUACCAGCGCCUCCAAGGCCAGCUCUGUGAUUGUGUAAUAGUAGUCGGCAGUCGGCAUUUUAAAGCCCAUCGCUCUGUGCUAGCUGCGUGCAGUACCCACUUCCGUGCUCUGUUUACUGGGGCAGACAGCGACCAGAGCAUGAACAUGAUCCAGCUGGACAGUGAGGUGGUAACAUCAGAAGCCUUUGCUGCUCUUAUCGAUAUGAUGUAUACUUCCACUCUUAUGCUUGGAGAGAGCAAUGUGAUGGAUGUGCUGUUGGCAGCAUCCCACCUCCACCUGAAUUCUGUAGUGAAAGCAUGUAAGCACUACCUGACUACAAGGACAUUGCCCAUGUCGUCACCCAACGACAGAGCUCAGGAGCAGAAUGCACGAAUGCAGAGGUCGUUCAUGCUUCAGCAGCUUGGAUUAAGCAUAGUGAGCUCUGCCUUGAAUUCAAAUCAGAGUAAUGAAGAACAGCAGCAGAAUUCAAACUUCUCAGUGAGAAAUAACAUGGUGGAGCAAAGGGCCACCUUUCCAAUAAGACGUCUCCACAAAAGAAAGCAGUCAUGUGAAGAAAGGGCUAGGCAGCGCAUGAGAACAUCCAUUGAACAGUGUCUCAUAACAGAUGUUACUAAUGAAAGUGUGCAGUCCAUCGUUAAUUCUCGUGAAGAAUAUUUUUCUCCUGAUUCACUCAAAAUGUCAGACAACAUUAAAUCUGAUUCUGCUACGGAUAACCAAGAGGAGAACACACUCAUGUUUGACCAGGCAUACAACACCCAAGAAGACACACAAGUACCCAGCCAGUCAGACAACAGUGGGGAAAAUAUCAUUUCAAUGACGUCUCAGGCAAACACCGUUGAAUCGAGUUAUGGUCAAGAGUCUGGUUGUGGUAAGACAAUGUAUCCCUCAGAGACCCAUGAUAUUACAAUUGAUGAUAAGGACCACAUGAGAGUUGUGGUUAAAGCUGAGCCUCUGAGCUCUCCUGAACCUCAGGAUGAGGUAAGCGACGUCACAUCCCAAGCAGAAGGAAGUGAGCCGGUUGAAGUAGAAGGUGUUGCGAAUGCAGAAAAGAUUGAACUGAGCCCAGAAAGUAGUGAUCGUAGUUUUUCAGACCCCCAGUCUAGUACAGACAGGGUAGGGGAUAUUCACAUUUUAGACGUGUCUGCCAACUUAGAGCACAAAUCCUCUUUUAGCAUUUCUAAUUUUCUUAACAAGAACAGAAAUGGUAACCUCAACCUAAGUCAAAACAGUGACGAUAACAUUCCAAAUACAACCAGUGAUUGUAGAAUGGAUGGGGAACUGUCCUACCUAGUGAGCCCUGAGUCGGGCUCCAGCAGUCAUUUGUCUAAUGUUAUGUCUCACAUGGACAAUUCUUUUGGUGAUGGUCCAGAUUCUCAAUUUGCUCGUCCUAUGCAGGACAUGGGUAUACCCUGUGGUCAAUCUCCAAAUUAUCGUGGAAAUGAUCCAUUUGGAAUGGAUUUCUCCAGAUCUGGGUCAGGGUUUUACUCUAUGUCGAGAUCCAUCAUGGGGAACACAAGGGGCCGAGCUUUUAACUUUCCAAAUUAUCGUCGUAUUGCCCCCAAAAUGCCCAUUGUAACAUCUGUCUGCAGCACUAAGCUACAGGAUAACUCCAGUUCCCAAUUUAUAAUGAAUGGUGCAAAUUCAUCUUAUGAAAAUGGGAACAAUUCUCAGCAGGGUCCACCACAGUUGACAAGGGCAUCUGCAGAUGUACUUUCAAAGUGCAAGAAAGCUUUAUCUGAACAUAAUGUGUUGGUGGUGGAAGGUGCCCGCAAAUAUGCCUGUAAAAUAUGCUGUAAAACUUUUCUCACUUUAACAGACUGUAAGAAGCACAUCCGGGUACAUACAGGUGAAAAACCAUAUGCCUGCUUGAAUUGUGGAAAGCGAUUUAGCCAAUCCAGCCACUUAUAUAAACAUUCCAAAACUACUUGCCUUAGGUGGCAAACUGGCAAUCUUCCUAACUACGUUUCUUUAACUUUAACACCACCUCACAAAAAGACCUCUCCAAGACCAAAUAAUAUGUCGUGUGAUGUAGCAGCAUCUCCUUGUACUUUAUUAAAGUAGGAAGACUCGGACUGUAUGUGAAUGAACAUGCAAAUGACUUGUGGAUAAAAUACUGUCUUGGAAAUAAAAACUACUUUUAAGUAAAUAUUUAACCUCUCUGUUUUGAGGUGCAAGUACUUAAUUUGUUUAUGUAUGUUAAUGUCAAAUGAAAACUGAAUACUAACAUGCUGAAUUUAGCCAGGCAUUUCUGUACAAUUGUGUAAACAUUGAAUGCGUUUCUAUCCAUUUUUGGUAAGUAUUGUUCCCUUCCUUAAAGUAAAUUAUUGAAAACAAAGUUUUUCAAUUAACCAAUAUUUAAAUCUUGCCAAUAAAGGAUCUCCAUUGCCAGUGCUCUUGGUUACUGUUGUACAGCC